GUGUGCUCUUUUGUCAACAUUGACAAAAUGGCCGAUGUACGUUGACUUCAGGUGGCCGAGAUGAUGAAGAUGAAAUACUAGCAAGCAUGAUUAAGGCCAUUGGAUUGGGUAUUUUCCUCAUCUGUUUGGCUGUCACAAGCUCACCAAUCCCCUUGACCCUGAUAACGGAACGUCCCUACCCGCAAUUAUGUCAGACGCAAGGAGACUGUGAAAACCUCUAUCAAACGUGCCUCAGGCCACUGCACCAGAACUUUGGGCACUGUAUUGGGGAGGAGCCCGGUACUACCCCAAAGCCAACCCCAGGUGUCACAGAACAAUCCACCAAAGAUGGACGCCAGAAGAGAGAAGUCAUCAGUCAAUUUGAUCCCGCUAGUGGUUUGGAGACUGAUGUGGACGAUGUGAGGCAGAGUGUGAAGAUUUGCCGGUCCUCUGCCGACUGUGAGGCCAUCAGUCAAGUGUGCAACACUUCACGUCACCAGCUCUCUGGACAUUGUAUUGCAAAGGAAAACGUUACGACUACGACUACGCCUACACCUACCCCAGGUGUCACAGAACAAUUGGAGAAGUUAGGACCAGGGAAGAUCCAUGGAAAGACACCAGCCGCCCCAAAUCAGACCAAACGGUUGCAGAAGCGCAUGAAGCGGAACAGUGACUGGAUUAGAAAUAUCAGGUCACAGCCUCAGCCCAGGACAGUUUCCACCAGGGACCCAAGCAAACGGUAUCAAAAGCGUUCCCUGAAUCUCGAUUUAGACAUAGACCAUGCUUUGGAUAGUACUUUGUCCGACUUGGAGGUCAGUCGACUAUCUGACUCUGUGAAAGCAAGUAAACCCCUCAUGGAUACCCCCAAAGCUGGAGCAAACCUGAAGAGAGAUAGAGGGGUGGUGGUGAAAGGGGAUGUGGAGGUCCAUGUGACACACCAUGUUAUUCAUACCACGGCUGAUAAUACACCCAUUGGCAACACAUCCAGUACCUCAAAGGUUGUCAAACUUAAGCAGUUACAUGGGCUUGAAACCAACUGGAAGAGGAUCAUGAAUGGAGGAAAUGAUUUCCUCAAUGCAUCUCUUCCUAAGCAGCAGCUUGACUUGCGUCAGAUGGGCUCUCUGUUAACCAGUGUGGCGAAGGCAAUAAAACAUGAUGUUAAUAAAGAUCCUUUGAAAAAAGGAAAUUACAAGUCUUAUUCUGGAGACAUUGGCGACAUUCAAAAGGAAGGCCGUCGUGAUCCUUUUAAAUAUGAUGAUAUUAAUGAUCUUCAUCAGGGUAAUAAUCAUGAUGAUAAAUCGCGUAAAAAUGAUAAGGAGGAGAAGGAGGAGGAGGAUGACGAGGAGGAGGAUGACGAGGAGGAGGAUGACGAGGAGGAGGAGGAGGAGGAUGACGAGGAGGAGGAUGACGAGAAGGAGGAGGAGGAGGAGGAUGACGACGAGGAGGAGGAGGAGGAGGAUAAUGACAAGGAUAAAUCGAAGAACGUCAAAAGUAAGAAGAAGCGCAGUUACGACAAUAACACCAAAGCAUUACACAAGAAUAGGAAGGGUGCAAAAGGUAAACAAAAGAGGAGUUUUGGUAUUGUUCAAGAAGCUGUCGAGGCAGUGUUUUCUGACAAUCAUCAUCACUAUUCAGACGAAUUCUACAAAUAUUCAAAAGUGAAGACAGACAGAGACAGAAGAAAUAUAGGGUCAGUGAAAGAGUUAGCUCCCGUGCCUCACAACGGGAAAAUUGUCCCACAACAAUAUGCUGUUUUGCAUACGCCAAAAGAUGUGUCAUCGUAUCACAAGCAGUCUCAGGGAAUCCCAGCCAGCAGUAGGUGGAGCGAGUGUAGUGUUACCUGCGGCCUGGGGUCUCGGCGGAGGACGAAGGUGUGUGCGGAUAUGACCUGUACACCUGGACAGACAGAGAUAAAACCAUGCAUGAUGCCGACCUGCUGAUGCAAAGCAGCUCAGCCACACCAGCUGAACACUGUCUGGCGUUGACCUAGACCUCCUGGAUAACCUAAACCUAAUUCCCACAAUGACUCG